AUGGCUAAAUACAACCACCCCUCCAAAGAAGAAUUAUUAAAAAUUAUUGAAAAGCAAGAAAGAGAAUUAGAUCUCAAAAAAUAUGGACUUGUUGAGAUAGAGAAAGAGAGCCAGAACAAAGUUAAAGAAAAGCAAACUAAAACUAAUGACGGCAAUGACAAUAUUCUAAUUGAAGGAGAUAAUUAUCACUCUCUUACUUGUCUAAAUUACACCCACAAAGAUAAAAUUGACUUGAUAUACAUUGACCCUCCUUACAAUACUGGAAAAGAAGAUGAAUGA